CUCGCCUCAAUCAAACAAAAGUGAGACGCCGGAACAGAGUCGACUGAGUGCGUGUGCUGACGAGGGCGACCAAUUUCCGCGGACAAAAUUUUUGCCCGUCCUUUGGCUUCAUUUUCGUCUCCCGUGGUCUCACGGAGCAGCAGCCACUACACCCACCACAGCCGAGGCUGUUCAGCUCCACCACUACCUCUCUAGCAGGGGAAGGAACCGCCACCGAAUCUCCAGCAGGCCGGCCAUCGCAAGACGGAAGAGGUCACUGUUUCUCCAUCUCUCUUACCCUCUCUCUCGCGUCAAGUUGCAGCUUUGUUCCCCUCAUGGCUCACAUCUCUCUCUGUGUUUUUCUCUCUCGAUAGAGGGUCACCGACUAGAGUGAAGCAAGAGCAGCAGCAGAACAAAGGUGCUUUCGCCUUUCUUCUGCUCGAACAGCAUCUUAAUUAGAUAGCUGCUCAGCACCAAAAGGAGCGAGAAUCUGCUGGAAUCACGCUAGAACAGUCCCAAUUAGGAGGAGAAGACGAAGCUUUCAGGCCGACGGAGAGCCUCGAGUUCGGAUCGAAGUCCGCGUGAUCCCAUCAGAGACCACGCGUUUUGAGGUUGCCAAGAAAAGGAGCCUCCAAAGAGUUCGUCAUCAACAUGGCCUCUUCUUCCCUUUGCAAGUUGAUGGUCAGUCGAAUGGCUAAUCCACUCAGAAUCAUGUGUACUACUCGUGCUUUCUCCACCAUACCUGCCCAAGAGCCAGAAUUUGCUGUUGGGGAGGAACAGGAGAAGCAAAAUAAGGAAAAGGAGAAGGAUGACGACAAAAUAUAUGUCCAUUCUCCAGUGUUUGGAGAUUCUUCUGUUGCCAUGCCUAUGUCUUUCAUGACAGGCUCCAUCAUCGGAAAAAGGUUCUACACGGAGGUCACUACCAGAAUGGCAGAUGAUGGGAAUGGUUGGACUGUUAUGCUUGAUUACAGAACUCUCAAGACACCAUCCAAGAGGCCUCUCAAGCUCCCCACGUUAGCAUUAGCCAAGGCAGUUGCUGCUGAAUGGGAAUACCAGGAAACAGAUGGGAUCAGACCUUUCACUAUGCCUCUCAUGCGACUUGCAUGUACUGCACUGGAAAGGGUCCCAUUAACUCGACCCAAAGUGAUCGACAAUCUGAUGAAAAAGUUUCAUCAAGACUUAGUGUUUUGCCGUGCUCCAGAUGAUAAUGACCUAACCAGUGGCAUCUCUGAAAGACAAGUGGAAGUGAUUGAUCCUUUCUUUGAUUGGGUAGAAAAGGAGUUUGGUUUCAGGCCUCUUGUAUACACUAGCCUUUUUGGUGGAAAGCAGGAUGAUGGUCUUGUUGCUGCUGUUCAAGACCUUUUAAAGAAAACUAACAAUUGGGAAUUAGCUUCAAUUGAUGCUAUGGCUGCCGCUGCUCACUCUUUACUCAUCUCAUUGGGAAUCUUUCGAGGGCACCUUCAAAUUGAGGAAGCCAUAAAAUUAAUUAGACUUGAAGAAGAUAUGCAGGUUGAUAAAUGGGGACUUGUUGAAGGUGGUCAUGAUGUUGACAUUGCAGAUCUCCGGGUUCAGAUAUCCUCCGCAGCUGCGCUUUUAGGCCUUUCACAACUGCAAUAAAUUUAUUUUUCCCAUUCUUCACUUUAUUGGGGUUGUACGCAGUAUAAUAAAUGGAUAGAGAGAAAAAAGUAUUGUAGAUAACAGGGAAUGUGCAGUCCUGAUGCUAUAAUUUUAACCGCAAGAUUGACUCCUUGAAAUUUCUGACAGCACGACCAAACGCAUUAGGUUUCUAGGAAUUCCGAUUUUUUUUUUUGGCUUCUUGGAACUUGGGUAGUACUUUCAAGCUACCUGGCUUCAUGCAUUAGAUUUUCAAACAUUUCAAUAAUAUUUUUUGGCUUGUUGACAUUACUUUCAA